AUGGCUCCUCAGAAGCACGGUGGAGGCGCGGGGCCCAGCUCGGGCUCUGCCGGCUGCGCGGCCGGAGGAGGAGGUGGAGGCGGCGGCGGCGGAGGAGGAGGAGGAGGAGGAGGAGGUGGCGGCGGCGGCGGCGGCGGCGGCGGCGGUGGUGGUGCUGCUGCUGCUGCUGGCGGCGGCGGCAGCGGCAGCGGAGGCGGAGGGUUCGUGGGCUCCGCCGCGGCGGCGGCUCCGGCCGGUAAAUCCGGUGGGGCGGCGGGAGGAGGCGGCAGCGGCGGAGGAAGCGGUUACUCGGGCGGUUCCUCGGCCUCCUCGGCGGCGGCGGCGACGACGGCCGCGCUGCCCCCCGUGAAGAAGCCGAAGAUGGAGCAGAUCCAGGCCGACCACGAGCUCUUUCUUCAGGCCUUCGAGAAACCAACACAGAUAUACAGAUUUCUACGGACCCGGAAUCUCAUAGCACCGAUAUUUUUGCACAGAACUCUUACUUACAUGUCCCACAGAAACUCCCGAACAAAUAUCAAAAGGAAAACGUUCAAAGUAGAUGAUAUGUUAUCAAAAGUAGAGAAAAUGAAGGGAGAACAAGAAUCUCACAGCUUGUCUGCUCAUUUGCAGCUUACGUUUACUGGUUUCUUCCAUAAAAAUGAUAAGCCAUCACAAAACUCAGAGAAUGAACAAAAUUCUGUAACCCUGGAAGUACUGCUUGUGAAAGUCUGCCACAAGAAACGAAAGGAUGUCAGUUGUCCAAUAAGACAGGUUCCUACAGGUAAAAAGCAGGUGCCUUUAAACCCAGACCUCAGUCAAAUCAAACCAGGCAACUUCCCAUCACUUGCAGUUUCCAGCAAUGAGUUUGAACCAAGCAACAGCCACAUGGUGAAGUCUUACUCAUUGUUAUUCAGAGUAACUCGCCCAGGAAGAAGAGAUUUUAAUGGACUGAUUAAUGGCGAGACUAACGAAAACAUUGAUGUCAAUGAGGAGCUUCCAGCUAGAAGGAAAAGGAAUUCUUCGAAUCGUGAAGAUGGAGAAAAGACAUUUGUAGCACAGAUGACUGUAUUUGAUAAAAACAGGCGACUGCAGCUUCUGGAUGGAGAAUAUGAAGUGGCCAUGCAGGAAAUGGAAGAGUGUCCCAUCAGUAAGAAAAGAGCAACAUGGGAAACAAUACUUGAUGGGAAGAGGUUGCCCCCGUUUGAAACAUUUUCUCAGGGACCCACACUUCAGUUUACUCUUCGUUGGACAGGAGACACAAAUGAUAAGUCUACAGCUCCUAUAGCCAAGCCUCUGGCAACACGGAAUUCUGAAAGCCUGCCUCAAGAGAACAAACCCAAUUCUGUUAAACCUACUCAGACUAUAGCUGUGAAAGAAUCCUUGCCAGCAGACCUUCAGACAAGAAAAGAGAGAGAUGUUUUAAAUGAACCUCGACAAAAGUUGCGAAUAUUUUACCAGUUCCUUUAUAACAACAACACCAGACAGCAGACUGAAGCCCGAGAUGACUUGCAUUGCCCGUGGUGCACGCUGAACUGCCGGAAACUGUACAGUUUGCUCAAACACCUUAAACUUUGUCACAGCAGAUUUAUCUUUAAUUAUGUUUACCACCCGAAAGGCGCUCGGAUCGACGUGUCCAUCAACGAGUGCUACGACGGCUCGUACGCGGGGAACCCGCAGGACAUCCACCGCCAGCCUGGGUUUGCCUUCAGUCGCAAUGGGCCGGUCAAAAGAACUCCUAUCACACACAUACUCGUAUGCAGGCCAAAGCGUACGAAAGCAAGUAUGUCUGAAUUUCUGGAAUCUGAAGAUGGAGAAGUAGAACAGCAGCGAACGUACAGCAGUGGGCACAAUCGCUUGUAUUUCCACAGUGACACAUGUUUACCUCUCCGUCCACAAGAAAUGGAAGUAGACAGUGAGGAUGAAAAGGACCCUGAAUGGCUACGAGAGAAAACCAUUACUCAAAUUGAAGAGUUCUCUGAUGUUAAUGAAGGAGAGAAAGAAGUGAUGAAAUUAUGGAAUCUUCAUGUUAUGAAGCACGGGUUUAUUGCUGACAAUCAAAUGAAUCAUGCCUGUAUGCUGUUUGUUGAAAAUUACGGACAGAAAAUAAUUAAGAAGAACUUGUGUCGAAACUUUAUGCUACACCUGGUCAGCAUGCAUGACUUUAACCUCAUCAGCAUAAUGUCAAUAGACAAAGCUGUUGCCAGGCUCCGAGAGAUGCAGCAGAAGUUAGAGAAAGGAGAAUCGACCUCCCCAAUGGAUGAGGAAUCUUCUGAGGAGCAGAGUGGGACAGCAAACGGAUACAGUGAAAAUAACAUGAGAGAGAGGAUUUCAGAAAUGGAUAGCAUCUCAGGUGUCACAAAACAGAGCAAGAAACAAAAGCUCUGAAGUCAGAAGCGAAAUUCCAUUCAACGGACAGCAUUGAAGUGACAUUCUAGGGUGCAUGAGCUCUAUAAAGAAUUACACACAAAAAAAUACAGAUUCCAAACAGGCACUGCUGGAUGGAAAUAAAUGAUUUCAACAAGGAUUUCGUUUUAACAGGGUUUCUAUUCAGUUACUUAUGCAAGUACUACAUGUAUAUCGGUUUUGGUGAUGUAAUGACAAUAUUCUAAGAGUUUGAGCAUGAAGAGCAAUAUGAAAAUCUUUUUGUAAUUUUAGUAAUUAGUGUCUUAAGAACUUUAUGGAAUUUACAUAAUUUAAAUAUAUGUAAAACAGUUUUUAUAUUAAGAUUUUUGCAUCUGUAUCUGGCUGUUUUUCCUACCAUGAAGUUGUGAAGGGGUUUGGGAUACAGUUUCUGCUUCUCUUAUUUAGAAGUUCUCCAGUUAGCUUUUGGUGAAAAUAAGGUCUCACUAUUUAAAGUUUAACCUGGAUCCUUGCGUUUGAAAUCAUUUAUGCAGUGCUGGUAAUGACAAACUCACGUUACACUCAGUGUAGAAGUUGGCGACCUUAGCACUUCCUUUGUCGUGUGCCUGUUUGGAAAGAUGUUGGCUUUUCACGUUGCAGACACAGUGAAGUUCCUCCUUGGCUUUUUGAGGUUACCGGCAGUUUGGUUUAUGGAUAAUUCUGAUGCGUUGAUCACACAGUGUACCAUUGAAAACUUGAACCUUAGCUCCUUUCUAGUUUUAGUACGCAUUUCCACAGCUACACGACCGCACGCGGAGCUCCGUCGCAGGGAGCCGCGCUGCUGCCCGGCCUGCAGCUCAGCCUGCUGUUGUGUGAGCGCAGCCUGCGGGGCCGGGCCGUGGUUUGGCUUUGGCUUUUGAGAUGCCACUCUUGAGGGAAAAAUGCACUGUAAAAUUGGACCAGAAAAUGUGUUGCACUUCUUAUGCAAGUAUUCUGUGAUGUAUUGUAUUCAAUACAGAUGCUAAGAUGCUGACUAAACUAUAUUUGAGCAGUUUUGCACUGCUGUUAACACAUUUUAUGCAUACGUUUACAGAUUUUUUCCAAUGGAAAGUGGUUUCACUACUGGUACAGUAUCAGCACCGAAGGGUUUAUUCCAGCAAGCACUGUGGUUGAGUGACAUCACCUCAAUUUUUUAUUAUCCUUAAAAUAUUGCAUUUUUCAUAUUCUUUAUUUAUAAAGGAACAAUGCUGCUGUAAAUACAGGUAUUUUUAAUUUUUUAUUUCAUUCCAUCACCAUGAGAUGCAGUUCCCUAUUUGUUUAAGGGGUAUAUAAGCUUUCUAAUGGUGUCUUCAGAAAUUUAUAAAAUGUAAAUACUGAUUUUGAUGGUCCUUUAAGAUGUGUUUAACUGUGAGACUAUUUAACUAAUGGUGUGGAUGUGAUUUGUCAUCCAGUAUUAAGUUCUUAGUCACUGAUUUUGUGUACAAAAUAGGAAAGAGGGAAACUGCAGCUUUCAUUACAAACUUCUUGAAUUUGCCAGCACUCUGGGUUUUAGCGAGCUCUAAUUAUGCCUCUGGAUAAGUACAUCAAGCAUUUCUCUCUGGCUUUAAUUUGCUAAAGCUGUGCACAUAUGUAAAAAAAGAAUAGAUUAUUUUAGGGGAGAUGUAGUUUAGAAUUAUUGCUUAUGUCAUUUCUUAAGCAGUUAUGCUCUUAAUGCUUAAAAGAAGGCUAGCAUUGUUUGCACAAAAAGUUGGUGAUCCCCCAAAAAACAGUAAUGAAAUUACUUCUGUCCAGUAAACUUUGUAUGUCAUGUCAAUUUAUAAUAAAAGCUGAAAAAAUCCCUUUGUUUUCUAUUUAUAAAGAUGCCUUUUCUAUAUGUACCUUUGAGAGAUUUUGAAGAUGCCGUGUAAGCUGGUUUAAACAAUUUGAAUGGUACAAUAGAUGUUUAAGGAAAGAAAAAAAGCAAAAACAAACCAAGUUCAGUUGUUUAAAUGAACCAUUGUUUUUACAUUAAAUGUUUUAUUUGAAAUCGGCUUUUGUACAUAAA